CGGAUGUCAUGUUACUAUGGUUACAGGAUAGCCACGGCUAGUUGGUUCAUUCUGCUGUAACUAAAGCGGUGGAAAGUCCUAAAAAACGCCGACAAGACCGACCAGGUCCGACACCGUCUCCGUUAGCAACUAGUAUCUACUGGAUAUCUACCGGCCGGUGUUGGUCAGACAUGUCCGGCGACCUGGCGGCAGUGUGGGAGGUCGCGCUCAGCGAUGGCGUCCACAGGAUCGAGUUCGAACACGGCACGACCACCGGGAAACGGGUGAUACACGUUGAUGGCAAGGAGGUGCUGAGGCGGGACUGGAUGUUCAAGCUGGUCGGGAAGGAGACUUUCACUGUGGGCAAACUGAACACCAAGGCGACCAUCAACAUCGACGCGGUCAGCGGGUUUGCCUACGAAUACACCCUGGAGAUCAACGGGAAGAGCUUAAAGAAGUACAUGGAGAACAGGUUAAAGGUCACGAGCACCUGGCUGCUCAACCUGGAUGGAGGCGACUUGAGGGUGGUCCUAGAGAAAGAUACCAUGGAUGUUUGGUGUAAUGGAGAUAAGAUUGAGACAGCUGGUGAGUUUGUGGAAGAUGGCACGGAAACACACUUCACUCUUGGCGACCAUAACUGCUGUGUGAAGGCUGUGAGCAGCGGGAAGCGACGAGACGGGAUCAUUCACACGCUCAUCGUGGACGGUGUAGAGAUUGCCGAAUGCACAGAGUGACUUUGUGUCGAGGGGUUUGUUUGUUGGCUUUUUAAUUCCAAAAACAACAAAGGUUUUACACUGUUGAGGGCACAGAUCACUUGUUUGAUAUGUUCGAUGUACUAAAUAGCUACUGAUGGGGAGGAUACCACAUAACAAAAAUAUCUGCUGUCUGAACAUUUUACGUGGAAACAUUGUGAAAACACAGGAAUAACUUUACUGUACUCAAUUGUGAAAAAUAUUUACAGACUAUUGUGCUGUACGUAUAUUAUAGAUCUAUUUAUUCGGGGUGUCCCGAUCCAAUAUUGGUCUGAUAUCAGUUAAAAAAACAAGAAUCAUACAGCACGUUUACCCCAAUAAGCAGACCGGUUUGAUCUUUCCUUGUAUUUUAGUGAACUCCAUUACAACUAGGAGCUAGCAGCUACACAGCAGCUAAGCACACAAUAGCACACAAAGCGAGACAUACCUAAUAAGUGACCCCCCCCAUUGAACAAUAUUGCAGUCCAUAACACCACACUGCAAAAAACGAAAUCUAAGUAAGAUUAAAUAUCUUAAAUAAGGGUGAUAUUUGCUUAUUUUCUGUCUGAUAAGAUAAUUCUUCUCACUAAGCAGAUUUUAUGUUAGAGUGUUUUACUUGUUUUAAGGGUUUUGGUCCUAAAUGAUCUCAGUAAGAUAUUAUAGCUUGUUAAGAUUUUAUGACCUAUAUUGAGUAAAACAUGCUUGAAACUAGAAUAUCAACUGUUGCAAAGCUGUGUCAUCAACACUCACAAGUAUAAAACUACUUUUUUAAAGUAAUAAUUUUUUAUUUCAAGCAUGACAAAAAAAAUCACGACUUUGACACAAUUGUGUCUCAUAAUUAAAACAGAUGACAGCCAAAUGAACUAGAAAAUACAUACUCAUAUAGUAGUACAGUUGGUAUUAGUGAGAAUAUACUUAUUUUAAGGUAUUUUUGGGUUCACUGAAGUUAGCUAAUUUUACUUGUUUUGGAAAGUCUUGACAAGCCAAAUGUUCUUGUUCUAUUGGCAGAAAAUUUUGCUUCGUUCAAAUAAAAUACCCCUAAUUUUUGUAUUUUUUUCUUCUUUUUUUUUUGAACACUGACUUUUUGCAGUGCACAUUUAUCAAUGUAAACAGGCAUCAACUAAUUAAAGUUGCGUAUAACUUUUGCAUACAAAGUCUCCAAGGCAGAAGCUUAGUAGAAAAUAGCCAGUAACAAACGUGUCCGCAUGAAUUAUUGUGGCCACCAGGGGUCGCCAAAAGUAUGUACCGUGAUUUGUGCUGAUAUCGUAUCGAAUUAAUAUCGGUAUCGGCCAAGAUUCAAGGCUCCAAUCAUAUAUCUAUGGUGGAAAAGUUGUAUCGGGACACCCCUACUAUUGAUUCUGUCAUUGUUUAGAAGAUUAAGUGGCAUUUGCUAGGGCUGCAGCGAUCGAUUGUUUUAGUAAUCGAGUAAUCUAGCGAUUAGUUUGUUCGAAUAUUCGGAUAAAACACACUUUAUAAGCUCAAUGUGUCUUUUAAGAAAAACUGAUUUUUCUGCCUGGUAUAACCUUCAUUCUUUUUUCAAGAAUGAUCUAUAUUGACAUUGCACUUGUAACAAUAACAACUGCUGUUCGGCAGUUCUCAUGUGCGCUCUGCUGCAAACUAUAUCCGCAUAUUUAAAAUUCCCGGCAAACCAGACGUCUGUAUUUUAUACAUUUUUUGAUUACUUGCACCUUUUAAAUGAUUAAUCAAAGCAACGGAAUAUAAAUCGAAUGUUUUUCUAAUCAAGUUAGCAUCUAUAUUCUAAUUGAAGCAUAUUUUGUCUGGUUGAUUUGAAUCAUCCUCCAUUCUCACUCUUGAUUCCAAUAAUGAGUUGGAGGACCAGGAAUGACCAGGGUACAAACAGUGCAUUGAAUAUACAGUAGGAUCAUUCCAAUCCUGUAAGUGCACGGCUGUUUUUCUCAAAGUAAAACACGUUCAGGUGUUGGUUUAACAAAUCCGGUGACUAUACAGUAGGAAAAGGAUUCAUGUAGCCCCAUUUGUCGCGGUUCACCUGACACAUGAAACGUAACAAAUUAGGGGGUUGCGCUAUCCACCUUAGCCGCCAGAUGGCAGUAGAGUGUGAAUAUCUUAUCUUAAUAUCUUAUUUUAUGGCAUUUCCAACUUUGCUAUGUAAAGUGACGCUUUCCAUCAUUUUCAACAGACUGCAUUGGAAAUUAUUUAGCCCCCCCACCCCCUUCCUCUCAGGUGAGAUACACCCAGGAAUGGGGCCAUAUGAAUCCCUUCCCGACUGUAAAUACAUUUUUGAAAACCGCAAUAAAUGUAAACACGUCCAGUGUUAGCAUUAGCAACUGUGCUAAGCUACCAUUUUUAUUUCUGUGAUUGUCAUUCCUGUGAUUUUUUAGCAGUUGUGUUUGUAGCUGUUUUACGAUUUUAGAAAGACUUUACUCAUUUAUAUAUAACGAUGGACUUAACUUUAUAAAAUAGAUUCAAAACCGAAGAAAAGUAUGUCACAUUGUAUAUUUUUUUCAUACUCUUACUGUUAAGUGGCAAAGCAAUUUGUUUUCAUUGUGCUAAAUAAAAUGUUACUUCUAAACAAUUAAAACUGUGUCAAGAUUUUCCUGGCAGAAACUAUGCGGAUGUUUUUUUACCUUCAAGUCCAUUUAAAUGUGCACUGUUUAUGCUUUUUAUAACUAGUGAUAUUUGCAGCCUUGGAAGGUUCAAUUUGAUUGGUACCUUACAAAAUCAAACCUUAUUGUUAUUAGGGACCGAAAUGGGGCCAAAACAACAUUUUGUUUGUGGCCCCCAAA